AAAAUGUGUCGUUGAACUUGUUGACUGGUAAUCCGCGUAAUCCCAUGGCUACUGCAAAAACGUUGUUUUUGUAAUUGCAUCUAGGAUUGGUCAUGUCGCAAGCAUCGUCUGGAUUCACUCCGGCUGCCCAAGUCCAGCAUGGGUCCAGUAAGGGUGCUUUUAAUUCUGCUUAUAUUCCCACUGAAGAAGAGAAGCGUGUCUUCAGGGAGUGCAACUCAGAAAGCUUCUGGUACAGAUCUUUACCAUUUUCUGCAAUAGCAGUCGGAAUCACUCAGGUACUGGUAGCAAAAGGAAUGCUUUCUCCAUCUCCACGAUUUGGUGCGCUUCCUAAAAUUGCCUUUGCUGGCAUAUUUGGAUACAUCGGUGGAAAAAUGUCUUACGUGAGGGUCUGUCAAGAAAAGUUUAUGAAACUGGAGAACUCUCCACUGGGAGAGGCAUUACGACAGGGACGUCUGCGUCACGUGUCUUCUGAGAUGAACCAACCCGAUUUUGAUCCAAACUCAUCUGAAUCUCAGCAGCCUGGUUCAGAGUCCGUCCAACAGCCUGCGACAGAAGUCAGCUCUGCAACUGAGAGCUACAGCAGCUACACCAGCGAUUACACCUACAGUACCCCAUCUCAAUCAUACGAAACCACUCCUUUCAGCUCUGGAUUCAGUGAUUCUGGUCCUGCUAACAUCAGGGAUGAUUUACCCUCGCAAGCGCCACUCUAUAUGGAAGAGGAUGUGCCCAAGAGAAAGCCAGUGUUGUAUGAGGAACUGCGUAACAAGAACAGGGAGAACUAUGAAGUCACGCUCCCACAGAAAAACCAAACGCAAAUGAAACCACAAAUGGAGGUGAUGCAACCCAAAAAGGAAGCUAAAAAGAACAAGUAUGGUGAUUCCUGGGAAGAGUAAGAGAAUCAGAUGACUGAAGAACUCCAAAUGGCUGUGGUGUUUCCUCGCCUCAUCCUGCCGGAUCAGACCAAAUAUCUGAUUUAUAAUGCUGAAUUGAAGAUGAAUGUAUUUUAAGGAGCAAGGCCUUGGAAAUGAAUGCAAAUUUUGUAGAAUCAAGUCUAUUUGCUCAGAUAAAAUAUGUAAUCUUGGCUUCUUGUUUGUCAAUUUAAGUAUCAGUGUUAGGAGAAAUGAUUUCCAACAAAACCUUUUUCAAACAUAAUAAUAAUUUAAAUAUAAUAUAAGUGUAAUAGAUGCCCAGGAAUGGCCAUGUAACAAAUAAAACCAUCAAAAGUUGAUUCUCCACUGAAAAUUUAGUUCAACGCAGUUUUAAAGCUAUGCACAGGUUACUGUUAUCAUGACAGUGUUAUGACUGUAGAUGUGUUUAGACUUGGACCCAUGAUAAUCAUGACAUCAUCGUUAACUGAUGUUACAGUUUAUAGUCUUGUCCUCUAAGCUGGAAAUAAGAGAUGAGGAUUUCAUUGUACUGAAGUUCAUUUUAUUCUCAUUUUAAAUGAAGAUUUUUCAUUCAGAUGUUCAGUUAUUUCAAAUAAAGCUGGUGAAAUCUGCAAA